AAUGGAUUUUUAUUCUCAAAUUUCUUUAAAUACCGACGACAAUAACCACCAAAACCAAAGACAAUUACAACAACAACAUUUUUCAGACAAUUUAAUUCCCCCCUCAGAAUGGCCAGUUAAAUUAGUUAAUGCUAAUGUCUGGCCUAAUUUUCUUUGGAGAAAACAUCCAAUACCAAACAAUAAUCAAUGCCUUCCAAUUCAAUCAAGUUUUCCUGAAAUGGUUGACCUUUUGCCUGUACAAUUAAUUUUUUCUUUUUUGUAUUUAAUCAUUUGGUUAGCUGCCAUUCUUGGCAAUGUUUCUGUUUUGUAUGUUGUUUCUCUUAAACAAGUUCAACUUUCCUCGGUCCGUUCAGUAUUUAUUUGCAGUUUGGCAGCCUCAGAUAUUUUAAUGUCAAUGACUAGUCUUCCAAUAACUGCAGUUUCAAUAUUUACUAGGGAUUGGGUUUUUCCAACAUUUUUUUGUAAAUUAAUGGGAAUAUUUCAGGGAGGUGCUGUUUUUGUUUCAAGUUUUACAUUAACUGCAAUUGCUGUAGAUCGUUAUAUUCUUAUUAAACAUCCAACUAAACAAAAAAUUAAAUUUCGAACGGCACUUUCAAUAGUUGCUUCACUUUGGAUGCUUGGUUACGCUUGCGCAAUGCCUGUUGGUAUAUUUUCUUCUACAGUUGAAUAUUCUCCUUUCUGUGGUCAAUUUUGUGAAGAAAAUUGGCCAGACACAGAUACUCAAUCAGGCAGAAGUCGUUUAAGAAAAUUUUACGGAAUUUUAGUUUUAAUAGUUCAAUUUGGAUUGCCUGUAUUAAUUUCAACUUUGUGUUAUUGGCAAAUUGGCCAAUUAAUUCGCCUUCAAAUGCGCCGAAGAAGUGAAAGGCAAAUGGUUAUUUUACAGGAAAGUAAGGAUAGAAUGAAAAGUCAAAAAAGUAAAACAAAUUUAAUGAUGGCAACUAUGGUUGCCGGUCUUGUUUUAGCUUGGCUUCCAAUGAAUUUAAUUAAUUUAUGGAGAGAUUUAAAUAAUGAAAAUAGUGUUAAUGAUGAUGAAUUAAUUAAUAUAGAUAAUACAAAACAAUUAGAAACUUCAAUUGAAAGUGGGGCAAAUACAGCCUGGUUUUCGUUAAUUUUUGCAGCUUCCCAUUCAAUUGCUAUGACUUCUGCUGUUUGGAAUCCAAUUAUUUAUAGCUUCUUUAAUCCACAAUUUCGAGAAACAAUUAGAAAAGUACUUGAAAGAAGAAGACAAUCACAGGCAGCAGCUGCCCUAAUGACAAAUGCCCAAAAUCACCAAAACACUAAUAACAACAAUAAUCAUUUAACAACAAGUAGUCCAAACUUUAAUUCAAAUGGAUAUUGUUCUGUUAUUAAUAAUGAUUAUAUUAGAAGAAGUUCAGCACGUUCACUUCUUUCAGCAUUAGGUACUGCUAUGGGUGUUAAAGAUGAUAGAAGGGAAGGGUUAAAAACUAUGAGGAAUAGUGUUGUGUUUUUACCCCCAAAAAGGGAUGGAAAGUGUGUUAAUUUAUUAGAUGAAGAAGUAAGUGUUGUUGAAAAGGAUGAUGAGGAAAUGCCUGGUGACAAGUGA